AUGGGAAGAGAUAAUGGAGGAUAUCCAAAGGAGCCAUUGAUUGUAAACGAGCUCGAGAAUUACUUUGACCCUGAUAUUUUCGUAACCCAGCGAGUUAGGCAGGAUAGCAGAAUUACGGAAAACAAAUGGCGGGGAACCAUUACGGCAAAGAUGAAGAUAAUGAUAGACGAAUAUAAAGUGAGGAGACAAGGUUUAGAACUAUUCGUCACUCAGAUGGACGAGUCGUACGCUUGCUGGUACACGAAGAAGGGAAAGAACUCCUCGUAUUCUCAAGCGACUGGAGAUGCCUGGGGCUCUGGCUCGGAGAAUGACAACAUCGCGGCCGGAGUCGGACAAUCUCUUCUAGGCUAUCGACAAAUGAACCAACAUCCACAACCGAGUUCUUCUGCUUCGCAAACUGAAACUAAGCACGGAAACCAUUCACUGACAUGCGGCGGCACAACCCACGCCACCGAAACAUCCAGCAAGAACACCAUCACAAAGAAGCGAAAGCGAUCGACUUCAAUCUCCGAAACAAGCGAUGCGAGUACCAAGCCUAAAUCCAAACGCCACUCUGAAAAUAAUGUAUCUGCUUCUACAAUAGAUAACCCAAUGACAUCGUUGAAUGCAGGAAGAGUGUCGAUAGAUAAACCACAAAAAAAAAAGCCUUUGGAUGAAAAGAUGAAGGAAAUCAUAGCUUUGAAUAAGGAAGGAUUUUAUUCAGAGCAUUAA